AUGGCAUUCAGGUUCACAGCUGCUUCCUCUUCUGAUUGGCCACCCGACAAAAAGAUUGCGUUGGCGACCGUGACAGCGCUUAGAAGAACCGUACCCAUCGCCGUUCCGGGAAUCACCUUUUUGUCGGGUGGCCAAUCAGAAGAGGAAGCAGCUGUGAACCUGAAUGCCAUAAACAGAGUUGAGGGGCGGAAACCAUGGAGACUUACUUUCAGUUACGGUCGAGCUUUGCAAGCCUCGGUGUUGGCUGCGUGGCAGGGAAAAGCGGAAAACAUUCACAAUGGACAGCACGAGCUUCUCAGGUGUUCAGCUAUAUGUGGAGCUGCCUCUUUGGGGAAGUAUGACGGAGAAGGAGGGGAUAGUGUGGCAGGAAAAGAGUCCCUUUUUGUGGCCGGACACGCUUACUAA